AUGGUUUACAACGGUAAGCCAAGCACUGGAUGUUAUCUGUGUCGCCGGCGGAAGAUCAAGUGCGAUGAGGCUAGGCCUGGCUGCCGGAAUUGUUUCGUGUAUGGGAAAGAGUGUCCUGGAUAUCGGCCUGCAAUCGUCUUCCAGAAUGAGCCUGCAACUGCCCAUUUCAGAAGAUGGAGGAGUCCGGUCAGAAAAGGCAGUUCGAGUUUCGCCGAUUCGACUCUUUCCGAGAAUACCUCACUGGUGUCUCGUUUAAGAUACCUUGCUGAUGCGACAUGGGAAGACCGGGCACUCUGCUAUUUCUUUGACCAAUAUACGAUCCCAAAGAAGUCUGAUGGUGCUCUCGGCAUUUUAGAGUCUAUUCCAGCUCUAUACAUACUCUGCCGGGAGAAUGAGGUGGCAGGGAGUUCUUCCUUAUGUUUGCGAUGGGCCGUGGAUGCGGUAGCUCUCAGCGCCUUCGCCCAUGAAGCCAAUGCCUCUCAUCUAGACUACCAGGCGAGGAAGAGGUAUGGGAUGGCGCUGCGUGGCCUUCGUGAGGCGCUUGCGUCCCCCACGGAAUCAGCAAAGGAUGAAACGCUCGCUGCGAUCCUCCUGCUCGCCAUUUUCGAGGACAUCAAUGUUGAACUCUUUGACCCUUCGGAUCCAUUACAGCAGUUAAUGUCCACUGUGACGAAAAUAAGUCGUUUGGUGCUGGAUGCUCAGUGUCCGCUCUCCGCAAAGAAUGUCGACAGCGCCGUGACCAGAGCACACUUUCAUUUCCGUAUCAUGCACGCAAAGACAUUGGAUUCGGAAUUGGGACGCUGGUGUCGAAAUCUUCCUCAUGAGUGGCUCCCCAGGGUUGUGUACUCGAUGCCCGGGGAAUCUUUGCUGACAUACCUUGAUGUCCCAACUGGCUCUCUCUGGAACUUCUAUCGGUCUGCACGGAUCAUCCUGCAGAGUAUGAUCCAGAAUAUGUAUGAAAUGGUCGAGUCGCUGCCUGGCGAAUACCCAGAAGAUGAAGUCAACGAUGUCUCUGCCGAUGUGACACCAUCUGAUAUGAUCCGCGACCUGAUCUCUGAUAUAUGCAAGAGCAUCCCAUUUACAUUGGGAGAUGUUGAUAUGAUGGGGAAUCCAGCCCAGCCAGCCAGCAAUUCGUCAGGACUGGGAGAGCGUCGCAACAACUCACGGCUCCGAGCGAUAGAGGGGUACGAGUUAAUAUGGCCAUUAUGGGGCAUCUGUACCAACAAUCACUCUACCCCGAGGCAAAAGCGUCAAGCUAGGAAUGCAUUGCAGCGGCUUGGGUCGAUUCUUGGAAUCAAGUUGGCAUCUCGGCUGGCUGAUGCAAUUGAACCUUGA